UCGCUAACUGUCUGCCUCUCUGUUUCUCUCUCUAUAGGUACCUUGGAUCUAAAUCUUCUAAGGCUGUCAACAAAUUUUGUCAUAUCUUCCUCCUUCGCCAUUACCAUCCAGUCGAAACUGUUUAUAUUUCGCUUACGAGCUUCGCCCAGCCUCAGCCUCUAUAAAGGCCUCCAAGCCACUUUCGAGCUGCUAUACCUACCAACAUAUAGUGCUUAUUAUCGAAGUUGCGACAAUACCUACCUACCUACCUAGGUACCUAGCAAUCCAAGCUAUCUCAUCAAACAAAGAACAGCUGUGGUUACUAGACGAACUCUACCAGCUACAUACUUCAUUGUACGACAUCUGGAACACUGAGAGCAAAUAGCUAGCUCACUUACAUCUAUUCGAUUCUAAACUGAACCGUCGUAGCGACAGCAUGUGCCUUUGGCAUUAAUUGUCGCAAACUAUCUAGGCGCUCUAUUUCGAUAUAGAUCGCCAACUUUUUUUCUUAUUUAAGCAAACCUGUUCAUCCGCCACACUGGCUCCCAAUCCAGCACUCCCUUUCUCCAUGAUGGGUGCUUGUAUGAGCUCCAAUAAGGAGGAGGAGGAACAAAAAAAGCGAAGCCAAGCUAUCGACCGUGCGCUUGACGAGGACUCUAAGAGACUACGACGAGAAUGCAAGAUUCUUCUGCUUGGGUCCGGAGAGAGUGGGAAAUCCACGAUCGUCAAGCAGAUGAAGAUCAUUCAUCUCAAGGGCUACUCUGAAGAUGAGCUGUACAAUUAUCGCGCAACCGUUUUCAAGAACUUGAUCGAAUGCGCCAAAGCCGUUAUUAUUGCUAUGGAACAAUUCGAUAUCGAGCCCACCAACCCGGAAACCAAGGGCCAUGCAGACUAUCUGCUUGGCUACACCGUCGAGUCGGGUCCCUCGGCACACAUCGAACCAAAGGUGGCCCUAGCUGUACAGGCUCUGUGGCAUGACCCUUGUAUCGAGCGACUCAUGCAACAUUCUACCGAGUUUUAUUUGAUGGACUCGGCUGAGUACUUCUUCGACGAAGUCACCCGAAUAUGUGCUCUCGAUUACCUACCGAACGAGAUGGACGUCCUUCGCGCCCGAACCAAGACCACGGGCAUCUACGAGACCCGAUUCCAGAUGGGCGCUCUUAGUAUCCACAUGUUCGAUGUUGGCGGACAACGAAGUGAGAGGAAGAAGUGGAUCCAUUGCUUCGAAAACGUAACGUCUAUUAUCUUCUGCGUAGCCCUCAGCGAAUACGACCAGGUGCUCCUCGAAGAGAGCAGUCAGAAUCGCAUGAUGGAAAGUCUGCUGCUCUUCGACUCGGUUGUUAACUCUAGAUGGUUCAUGAGAACGAGCAUAAUAUUGUUCCUCAACAAGGUUGACAUCUUCAAGGUGAAGCUUCCUCGAUCACCACUGGGCAAUUAUUUCCCAGACUACUCAGGGGGCAACGAUGUCAACAAGGCUGCGAAGUAUCUGCUCUGGAGGUUUAACCAGGUCAAUAGAGCUCACCUAAAUCUUUACCCUCAUUUGACUCAAGCAACAGAUACCUCUAACAUUCGAUUGGUGUUUGCAGCUGUCAAGGAGACGAUCCUCAACAAUGCGCUUAAGGAUUCCGGCAUAUUGUGAUUUCGUUUCCUUUCGACGGCAAGGGCUCUGUGAGACCCAGCCACACCUUCUUUGAAGGCAAGAUCCAUGAAGCAUUGGGACGGAGUUUAUGGCAGGGAACUUGACAUUUUUCCAAUUUUCUUUUUUUUGUGUUCAAAAUCUGUCUUUGUUUUUUCCUGCAAGGCGUCGGGGACUCAGCAAUUUUAACAGGCUUUAAUAUGUUCAGGGCAUUGGGAAUGAUAUGAAAUGGUGUCAGAAGAAUCACAAGCACUACAUAAGAGAGUUCUGGUGAGAGAUGAUCAUUGUUUUC